AUGGAGAUAGCUGAGGAAGCAGUUAUAGUGAAUUCUAGUAGACUAAAAUCUGUUGUGUGGAAUGAUUUUGAUAGAGUAAAAAAAGGUGAUACUUUUGUGGCUAUCUGUAGGCACUGUAAAAGGAAACUUAGCGGGUCUAGCACCAGUGGGACUUCACAUUUGAGAAAUCAUUUGAUCAGAUGUCGUAGGAGAUCAAACCAUGACAUAAGUCAGUUGCUUACACGGGGAAAGAAAAAGGAGGGAACCCUUGCCAUCUCGAAUUUUAGUUUUGAUCAAGAGCAGAGGAAGGCUGAAGCAGUCAGCAUUGUGAGGACUAAGUUUGAACAAGGACACACAAGAGAUGGGUUACUCAACAAUGGGAUUAACUUUGAUAAUAGGCGAAGCCGGCUUGAUCUUGCUCGCAUGAUCAUAUUACAUGGCUAUCCUUUGUCUAUGGUUGAACAUAUUGGUUUCCGUAUAUUUGUCAGAAAUCUUCAACCUUUAUUUGACAUUGCAACAUUUGAUGGAGUUGAGGCUGACUGCAGGGAAAUUUAUCUUAUGGAGAGACAGAAAGUAUAUGAAGAAUUGGACAAAUUGCCUGGUAAAAUCAGCCUUAGUGCUGAUACAUGGACUGCUAAUGGCGAUGCUGAAUACUUGUGUUUGACAGCACAUUACAUAGAUGACUCUUGGCAACUGAAAAAGAAGAUUCUGAAUUUUUUAACAACUGAUCCUUCCCAAACAGAAGACAUGCUUUCAGAAGUUAUCAUGACUAGUCUAAGAAAUUGGGAUAUUGACAGGAAAUUGUUUUCU